AUGGGGCGGGAGAAGCGGGGUCUUGAGCUUUCUGCUGAAGGGGAGGAACAUGGUUCCAAUGCUAAGCGCCAGAAGGCCCCCUGCUCUUGCGAGGAUGAUGAAGGGGUUAGUGAUGUUUCUGCUGGGGUUCAUGAUCUUGUGAUCGUGGAAACGCUCAAGGUGGAUAGUUUGCAAAAGCCUUGUUCAUCAUUGGAGCCUGUUUUUCGUAGAGUUGCGAGUGAAGAAGUGGAGCGUGCUUUAGCGAAGUUGGGGUCUGCCAGGCUUGGUACCAGGUCUUCUCCUAAACGAAUUGAAGGACCAGAUGGAAGAAAUCUGCAACUCCAUUUCCAUUCAAGGUUGUCGCUGCCACUUUUCACAGGAGGGAAAGUAGAGGGGGAGCAAGGAGCUGCUAUUCAUGUUGUGUUACUAGAUGCGAACACUGGUCAUGUCGUAACAUCAGGACCUGAAUCAUCUGCAAAACUAAAUGUUGUAGUUCUUGAAGGUGAUUUUAACAAUGAAGAUGACUGGACAGAUGAAGACUUUGAAAGUCAUGUAGUCAAAGAACGUGAAGGAAAAGGGCCUCUUUUAACUGGGGAUUUGCAGGUAUCCUUGAAAGAAGGUGUGGGGACGCUUGGGGAACUAACAUUUACUGACAAUUCAAGCUGGAAACAAAGUAGGAAGUUCAGACUUGGUUUGAAAAUCGCUUCAGGCUUCUGUGAGGGAAUUCGUAUCCGCGAAGCAAAGACAGAACCCUUCGCAGUUAAGGAUCACAGAAGCGAAUUGAACAAGAAACACUAUCCUCCUGUUUUGAAGGAUGAUGUCUGGAGACUGGAAAAGAUUGGCAAGGAUGGCUCGUUCCACAAAAGGUUAAAUAAGGCAGGAAUUUAUACAGUAGAAGAUUUUCUACGUCUCGUUGUGAGAGAUUCACAAAAAUUGCGGAAUAUCCUGGGAAGUGGCAUGUCAAAUAAGAUGUGGAAGAGCUUAGUGGGGCAUGCAAAGACUUGCGUCCUAAGUGGGAAGUAUUAUGUAUACUAUUCUGAUGAUACAAGGAAUUUUGGUGCUAUAUUCAAUAAUAUCUAUGAAUUUGUUGGGUUAAUUGCUGGUGGGCAAUAUUAUUUAGCCGAAAGCCUCGGUGACUGCCAGAAGGUGUUUGUCGAUACUUUAGUAAAGAAGGCAUAUGACAAUUGGAUGAAUGUUAUAGAAUAUGAUGGGAAGGCCCUUCUAAAUUUCACACGGAAUGAAGUUCCAUCUGCCCAGGCAAAUUAUUCCGCUUCCUAUGAUCAACAACAUGUUUCUCAAGCCAGCCUGUCAGUUUCUGUUCCUUCUGAUCAAUCUUUAAUUGAUACAGGAGUGACCGUGGGGGUUGUCAUCUCAAGUAGCUAUGGUGGAAAUCAAUCAGGCCAAUGUUCCACUCAAACUGAGCAUGUGGCGCCCAAUGCUCAGUUACAGUAUGACAGUUCAUGUAAUUCACAAAAUCAGUUCAUCGAUUCUUCUCAGCAGGCCCAAAUCACAAGAAAUGAUAGUACCGGCUUGGUAUUGGUCCCCUCGCAACAACCUAGCUUGGGUUUCCAAUCCAUGAGUCAGGCCUUACAGCCAUCUAACCUCAAUUCAUAUGAUGACAGUACCACCCAUCAAAGAGAUCUCUCUGAUGAAGAUAUACACAUGAUAACUCACAAACUGCUAGGGAAUGAAGAUGACCGGACCACCCAUCAAAGAGAAAUCCGAGUUGAUGAUUUCUUCACUGAGGAAGAAAUUUCCAUGAGAAGCCACAAACUGCUAGAGAAUGAAGAUACGCAGCAUUUGCUCCGUGUCCACAGCAUGGGUGGUACUGCUCACUUGGCAGAAGAUGGAUUUAGUUUUUCCCUCAUUCAUGCCAUCACCAUCCCCCUAACUAUAACAUUGACGAGGAUCUCAAACCACAUAUCAGGCAAAGUUGUCGUGGGAUGGCUUAAAAUUAAGGCUGCUAUGAGAUGGGGAAUAUUUAUUCGAAAGAAAGCUGCUGAGAGAAGAGCUCAGCUUGUUGAGCUCGAGGAAUGAGAAUCUCAACCUUACAAGUGUUAGAAUUCAUGGUAGCAGUUGCCAAUCUCAGAUGACCUUUGUGACAACUCGAGGAUGGUUAGUGAUCACAAAAUUCUAACGUUUAGUGUCGCAACAAGGGAUCCACUUGUACCAUUUAUCUCUACAGCAAGCCGUCCUUCCGUGUUCACUGCUAAUGUUUAGUAAGUUUGAUGAUUACCGAUCAUUCUGUCACCGCAAACUAUGCACAUGAGCUGGAACAAACUCGAACUCUUUGGUAAAACACAAUUGCUUGGCCAUUGAUCAUCGUAGUUUUAAUGCUGCCACAAGUCCAUGAACUGCUUUGUUAGUAGUCAACCAGAAGAAGACUUGAUGAUGCUUUGCUU